AUGGUUAUCUCGAAACCUUUGAGACUAGUUCUCGUCUUGCUAUUCCUCAGCAUAACAUUCUUCUAUGGUGACGCCGUUAAGCCAUGCCCUCCUCCUCCGGCAAAACAAGCCACCAUGAAAUGUCCGAGAGACACGGUCAAGUUCGGAGUGUGUGGGAGCUGGUUGGGUCUGGUUUACGAGGCUAUCGGUACACCGCCGAGUCAGGAGUGUUGCUCACUCGUCAAAGGUGUGGUUGAUCUUGAAGCCGCCGUUUGUUUAUGCACCGCUCUUAAAACCAACAUUCUCGGAGUCGCUCCACUUAAAAUUCCUGUUGCUCUCACUUUGCUUCUCAACUCUUGUGGCAAGAAAGUUCCCAAGGGAUUCGUCUGCUGA